AUGUCCUUUGUCGCUCAGGAACAGCAUCAGCUUCCCACCCCCUCCGAUACACCCAGAGCGAUGGAGCAAGAGGAGGCCUCACCGGCCUCGUACCCCAACCACUCAACCACCUGGACUCCGGUUGAUGGCAUGACUCCAAUAUCGACCAACCCGUCGAGGAAGCGCUCGCGUGACGAGACCGCAUUCGACGUCGAAGCAGACGGAUCUUAUUUCGCCUCGGUUGACACCCCGGCUCCGAUUCCCGAAGAGGAACCCAUUUACGGCGAGGGAAUGGUCUUGCUCAAUCCGAAGACAGGCCUGUCGGUCUCGGCUGAGAGCCAAACGGGCACUUGGUAUGAAGAAAAGGUGGAUGAAAAAGCACUCAAGGAUGAGAUUGCUGCGGCAUAUACUCGGCCCAAGCUGCCGACCAGUCGCAAAUCGGUCAGGCUGUCUCAGACGUCGCUCCGCCUACCAAUUGACACCAACAUCGCCUCGGCGCCUGCCAGUCCACCAAAGACGGCCUCAGAUCGGCCAGAGUUUGACGAGGCGACUAUUGCGCUUGGAAUUGGAUGGACCAAGAUGGAGUCGGAAAGCGAAUCUAUGCAGGCCGCUGCCAGGGGUUGGGCAAAGUAUUUGGACAAUCACUACUCCAGGUAUAUCCACGGCGCUCAGAUCCUCCUCAAGAACGCCGGUCUCGACGCAUACCUCGUCGGCUGUCAAGAAGGUUUCUUCCUUUUCAGUGAAAGUCUAUUGGAGGGAAAACUGGUCGGCAGAACGUGGGAGUCGUGCCUUCACAAUCUGAGAUGCCAGCCCAUGGUCUUUGAAGGCGAAGAGGUAUUGCGAGCUGAGAGCACACCAGGUCCGGAGGCUGCUCAGUCCCAAUUGUCAGAAACCGUGCAGAUGGAGAAUUGGGCCGACUUUCACCGGCUUAACCAUCAGCAAACGGUCGCUAUUCCUAACGGAGGUAUGGAUCUCGACUGA